GUUCACACGACGAGGUCAAUUACGCUAUCAGGAUAACCAAGACUCUAUUCCAACACAGAAGCCGAUCGAAAUCGAUACAAAAGAGAUGGCCAACAUGUCCUUCGACGCCUACAUCCAACGCGCAGACGACUACAUCACCAAGCAAAUCCACAAGUACGAGCAACAGAAACGAGGAAGAAGAUCUCCACCCCGCGCAAACGGGUACCAGCAAAUGCCUCCCCAAGGCCCACACCACAGACAGCAAUCAUCACAGGGUGGCUAUCCCGGAAGCCCGGCCCCACAAGGCGGUCAAUACGCUCAACCACCCGCCACUCCCAUGGUACCACACGGAUGGUCCCAAGAGUUCGAUCCUCGCAGUCAAAAAUGGUAUUACGUCGACAGAUCAACGGGGAGAAGUCAAUGGAACCCACCAUCCCACGCACCGCCGCGCGCAUCAACGUUUCAGCCUGAUGCCACAAUGCCCAGUCCACAUCACCUCUACACCCGAGAAGACGAGAACCGAGCACGGUCAAAUUCGCACCCGCAACGCCCUACGUCUAGCCCAGGUGAGCAUGGACAACAUUUAAAUCCUCCUCAGCAUGGUGGUCAUGGAUCUGGCAGACUAAGUCCUUCGAUGCAGCUGCCUCCGGGGUCGCACCUGGAUUUGAGUACAGGGAGGGUUGUCAGUGGUAUGUUUCCUGAGGUGCAGAAUCAAAAAAGCUGGGCACAGUCGUUGCAGAGGAUAUGAGUGCUGGGGCAGGGUUCCACUUGGGCAUAGAAGAGAGGGGUGAUGAGUAGAGUUGAAGACAUGGUACACGUUCUACGGAAUAGGGAGUUGUUAUUUUGGGCCUGCGGGACACCGGAUGGUCCGUUUUCUGUGAAUCAUGCAUAAUGUAUAGAUAAACGUUUUCAUUGAGAUGAAUACGUGAUAGACCUUCAACUAUAACAACUGUAAAAUGCGCCUCCUGGAGAGUCGUUGGGUCACAAAA